AUGACCCUCACGCUUUACGCCAAUCUCAUCAGUCAACCAUCUCGUGCUGUGGCAUGGGUGCUUAAGGUCAAAAAUGUUGACCACAAAUUUGUGGAAAUGAGUCCAGGCAGCGACUUGUUUAAGUCAGAUGAGUUUAAAGCCAUGAAUCCAAACAAACUCGUGCCCGUCAUCAAGGAUGAUGACUUCGUCCUGACCGAGGGCAUGGCUAUUCUGCAGUAUCUAAGCGAUAAAUACGACUGGACGGGUCCAAGUGAUUUGUAUCCGAAGGACCUUAAGGUGCGCGCCAAGAUCAACGAAUUUCUGCACUGGCACCACACGAACACUCGACUCUUCACAUUGGACAUCCUUCGACCGGAAAUUGCAAAGAAGCUAAAGACUGAGACGCCAAAGAGCCAAGCUGCUCUUGAGGGCAAAGAUGCACUCAUUGCAAAGGAGUUUUCGUUGCUUGAGACAUUUUUAGUCAAUGACUUCAUCGCAAACACCAACUUUCCAACGAUUGCUGACUACACAGCCUACUGCGAGAUCGAUCAACUUGAACUCAUGGGCUACGAUUUCGUUAAAUACCCAAAAGUUACUGCGUGGAUUGCUCGCAUGAAAGCUCAGCCAUUCAAUGAUGAAAAUCAUGAGCCGCUUCAAAAAUUUAUCAUUCAGUUUGGCUUGUAG